AAAGCCGCCAGCUAAUCUUGAACACUGUCAAGUCUGCACCAGUACAGAACCUCCACUUCAAUCUGAACACUGUCAAUCACAAACACAGAGCUUUCAGUCAGACUGAAACACUCCCAACCCAUCACUCUCUGACGCCGCGAUCCAAAAUGGGCGGUAAAAAGGAAUCUUCUUCUUCUCCGAGUUUAUGGCUGGCUUCGAAUCCAAGCAAGCGAUGGGGGGAGCUCUUCUUCCUUUUCUACACUCCUUUCUGGCUCACUCUCUGCCUCGGCAUCGUCGUCCCGUUUAAGCUUUACGAGAGCUUUACAGAAUGGGAGUACUUGCUGAUUGGAUUGGUCUCCGCUGUUCCUUCUUUUUUGUUACCCAUGUUAUUUGUGGGAGAGGCAGAUAGAAGCUUGUGUUUGAAGGAUCGUUAUUGGGUCAAGGCCAGUGUGUGGACAAUACUUUUUAGCUAUGUUGGGAAUUACUUUUGGACCCACUAUUUCUUCACGGUUUUGGGAGCUUCCUAUACUUUUCCGUCAUGGAAAAUGAACAAUGUACCACAUACUACAUUCUUUCUCACACAUGUUUGCUUUCUAUUUUAUCAUGUUGGAUCAAACAUGACGCUUCGCAGACUACGCCAUGCUAUUGCUGACAUGCCAAAACAAGUUCAAUUGCUUUUGGAGGCUACGUGGAUAUUGGCUUUUGCUUAUUUCAUAGCUUACCUGGAGACGGUAGCUAUUUCCAACUUCCCUUAUUAUGAAUUUGUUGACCGGGCGGUAAUGUACAAAGUUGGGUGCUUGUUUUAUGCCAUCUACUUCAUUGUUAGCUUUCCCAUGUUUCUCAGGAUUGACGAAAAACCUGGUGAUGCAUGGGACUUGCCAAGAGCGGCCAUUGAUGCUCUGGGUGCUGCGAUGCUGGUGACCAUCAUACUAGACCUCUGGCGCAUAUUCCUGGGACCUAUUGUUCCAAUUCCAGAAACAAAACAGUGUAUUCAACCCGGACUACCGUGGUUCCCCGGGCAUGACACAACAUGACAUAACAACCGCACAAGGGAAGGGACCUAGAUAGCUCCGACUUCCCAGCACCAGCAAGAUAACAAGUUUCUGAGUUCAUACUAGCUGUUGCUGGCUUGGUACAAUCGUUAUUGACUUAUUGUACUCAUACUCUCUGUAUGAUGAUUGUAGUUCUACAGAACUCGGAAGGAAUUGGAUUAUUCAAUUUCACAUAGAUCAC